GCGUCAUCCUUCAGCUUCCGAUCCGUUACCCAGCAACAACGGCAUGGCGUCUUCCCGGGAGCAAGAGGCCUUGGAGUACCUGGCGGAGCACCAGAUACUGGAGCUGAUCGACAGUCUGACCAGCAUGUUGCUCUACCACCGGCCGGCUAAGCCUCUGGAGUUUUUAGUAGAGCAAUUGAAGGCUGCCAAAAACACUCAAACAAAUUACCCUUGCUUGUUCGAUGAAUCAAAUUUGGAUGCUGUAUUUGGGAUUUUGGAUCCUACAAAACAAGGGUAUAUAACUCUGAAGCAGUACACAGAAGCUUUGAAAACCCUUGGAGUAAAGGAUUUUGCAAAGGUGCCAUCAGGUGCUUAUGACAAUAAAAUCCACCUGGCAGUAUUCAAAUCCGAGGCGAAAGCUGGAUUAAUGAAGAUGUAUUCUCCGUACAAAGCUGGAUAAAUAAAAACCUUCACUGUAACUGAGUAACAUAGCAAACAUUCAUCUCAAUAUGUUUAGUGUAAGAUUGAGACAAACAAUAAUAUUCGCUACAUGUACUUGAAUAAAUAAUAUUUA